GCUGGAUGCUCCAUGAUGGAUGGGAGAUGACAGAUCGGGGUUAGCCGCCAGGGGAGUCCAUUUUCCUGCAGCGCGCGGUCCUAUACCCGGACAGAAAGCGAAAGAAGAAGGAGAAGGAGAGCAUCAACACAACAGCCCCCCUUUCCCUCCUCUCUGGUGCAUCACAGUCUAGCGGGCUUUACACACCGACUGCACCGCAUUGACGCUGCUGCUGCCGCCGACCCAGCCCACUGAAGUAGAGAGGAGCACAGCUGGAAAUUAAAUACUGCAGAACGUUUGGUUGGAAAUGCAUCCUUUUCAGUCAUUUACUUUCUUUCUUCUGGAUGCUUGUAUAAUCCAAACAGUUUGAAAGCUGACGGAGAAGACAGUUGCGUGUUUGGGAUAUUUUGCAUCGGGGGGUUGCAGAUGCAGCUCAUGAUGGGGAUGAAAUAAGAUGAGAUCGGUGCAUUAAUACCUGGAUCAUGCAGUUUCUGCAGCCUUGGACGUUAGUUAUCAUUUUGGGUCAUGCACACGUUUUGUUAUCCCUGGAUAAUAAUAAUGCACAAGUUGGGAGCAAAGACGAAAGCAUCAGCAGCGGUUACUCUGGCAGGACUUUCCACAAUCCGCCCCAGGAGAGCCAUCCAAAUAAAGCCAGAGAGCGCGCGCUCUUCCCGGGAUACGCCACAGGUGCGAGCCUCAACUCCACUCGGCUGUGGAAGAAGGGGGAAACGAGGCGAAGUGGCCACGGUAAACGCAACUUCAAUAGGAGCCUGACACCCGUGGAUGAUCCAGGCGUGGAGUCCCACUGGGACGCGACGCGCCACCAUAAUAAGAGGAUAAAGUUGAAUGGUGGCGCGGGGACGCCGGCAGGUGGACACUACAAUGCGGUUAAGCCUCCUUCAAUGGGUCGGGAGGACGGAGGAGGGGUGGAGGAGGAGGAGGACAAGCACCAGAGAGGCUCUAAGACGGUCAGGAGGUGGAGGAACAAGCAUAACAGAAGCGCAAUAGUUUCAUCACCGUGGGAACCAGUCCCCAAACCGGUGGCGCUCACCUCCACUGACCUCCCAUUUGACCUCUUCACUAGGAGGGCUGAGGUUUUCACCUUCAGGGAGGAGAACCCAUGGGACGCCACUCCGAUCACUCCUCCCGGUUCCCCGGAUUUUGGGGACGAGAUUAAAAACCCCUUCUACCCAGUGACAAGCCAGACUUUCGGGGCUUACGCGAUCACAUGCGUGUCCGGUGUCAUUUUCUUGGUAGGAAUAGCGGGUAACAUCGCCAUCCUAUGCAUAGUGUGCCAGAACUACUAUAUGAAGAGCAUCUCCAACUCCCUCCUGGCCAAUCUGGCUGUGUGGGAUUUUGUGCUCAUCUUCUUCUGCCUCCCUAUGGUGGUUUUCCAUGAGCUCACCAAGUCAUGGCUGUUGGGAGAGUUUACCUGCAAAGUGGUGCCCUACGUGGAGGUUGCCUCGUUGGGCGUUACUACCUUCACCCUGUGUGCACUCUGCAUCGACCGCUUUCGUGCGGCCACCAAUGUCCAGAUGUAUUACGAGAUGAUCGAGAACUGCACGUCUACAACGGCCAAGCUGGCAGUCAUCUGGAUCGGCGCCCUCCUCUUGGCCCUCCCAGAGCUCCUGAUUCGACAGCUUGUGGUGGAGGACACAGGACUCCCGGAUGAGCCCCCAGUUGAGCGCUGCAUUAUCAGGAUAUCCACAUCUCUUCCUGAUAUGCUCUAUGUGCUUGGCCUGACCUAUGAGGGUGCUCGGCUGUGGUGGUGUUUUGGUUGCUACUUUUGCCUCCCGACCCUCUUCACCAUCGGUUGCUCACUUGUCACGGCACGCAAGAUCCGGCACGCUGAGCAGGCCAGCGUUCGCAGUAAUAAGAAGCAGAUCAGGCUGGAGAGCCAGAUGAACUGCACUGUUGUGGCUCUGGCAAUCGUAUAUGGCGCUUGUGUGGUGCCUGAGAACAUAUGCAACAUAGUGUCUGCAUACAUGGCGGCAGGUGUUCCUGAGCACACCAUGUCCAUCCUGCAUCUUCUCUCUCAGUUGCUGCUGUUUUGUCGGGCCGCUGUGACACCGGCGCUACUUCUUCUGCUGUGUCGUCCAUUAGGCCGGGCGUUCCUGGACUGCUGCUGUUGCUGCUGCUGUAACCACGUACCCUCCUCGGCCACUGGCAGUGAUGAUAACGAGCACGAGUGCACCACUGAACUGGAGCUGUCGCCGUUCAGCACUAUCCGCAGGGAACUGAGUAACUACACCCCUGCUGGCUCCAACUGCUAAGCUGACAGCUCAGAUCAGGGAGGGCAAUUUUACUGGCCUGUUUGUGGCUUGCGUUGCUUUGGUUGGCUAAGAGAGAUUUGCCUUAUCUAGUCUCAUCACGUUUUGUAAAUGAGUGUUGAAAUGAGGUUGGACACCAAAAAUAAAAUUCAUCUUGAGCCAAUGGCCAUGCAAUUUUUAACCCGAAACUCUAACCCCAAUUCUCCAAGAACAGCUAACAAAAACAAACAAUUUUUCAAACUCUAUUAUGGGCGCCAUUUAAACAAAAUGACACAUUUUCAGCAUCCAAAAACUUCUACGACCCCCUGAAAAAAUCCUCUAAACAAGAGUUCCCGCCUGUGGGGCAUAUAGGCCUUAGAGCAAAUUUGCUCAUGUCCAGUUCUUGAGAGCCAUCAUCCUCCAACUUGUAGAUGCCUCUCCUCACCAACACAGCAGAAGCUAAAGCUAAAACCCCUCAGCAUGUUAUUGAGCCCUGCAUGGUGACGAACCACUCAUUUGAUUCUGGUCUAUUAGAGAAGGGAUGAACAGUUGUAGGAUGGUAGCUCUUGAGGAGAAGACUUUGGCUCCCCAGACCAAGCGUAAGGAGCUACUCCUAGCCUUUCUGAUUCACAGUUUGUCAAACAUUUGUUUAAAAACCCUUUAAGACCACAAAUUUACUGUAACCCCUGGAAAAAAUGUAAAAAUUCUUAACAGCAUUUCUCUUUUUUUGGAACAGAAGGUUACAAAGACAUUUUCCAACAGAUCUUUUUAAUUGUUUUUUCAUAAUUUACCUUUAUUGUGUUUUAUGUUCUCUCUCGCCUCUCCCUUUGUGAAAAUGCAUAUGUGGAACACCAUUAACUCUUGAUCUUAAGAAUGGGAAAAGGUAUAAGAAAUGACAUUUAGUAAAGUUUGAGCAAGUAGAAGUUUUAAAUCCAAGACCAAACAAGUUCAUGAGAACAAAAUAAGAGUAUUGAUUAAUUGAAACCUGCAUUUAGUCAUUAAGGACAUUACUUUAAGAGGUCAAAUCUGCACAUAAAUCUGGCUUAAGUAUCAUUCUCAGACAUCCAUUUACAAUGAUAUAACAUGGCUCCAUAAAAGUAAAGGCAAAAGGGCUUUGUUUGAAUAUAACAGGGUUAUUUCAGUGUACAAACAAAGCAUCUUGCUUCAUCACCUUCUGAGGUUGGACACAGAGAGUCAUUUUAAAUUCUUAAAUUGUCCUAAGGUGCUAAGGACCUAUGAGUCCAGCUAUAUUACCAAAACAGCUUAACCAUUAGUAAGCCAAAGUAUCCAGCAGGCAGUGGCUCAACCCAGAUGAAGGCUGUUAUUGACACUGAAUGCAGCACUAAUAUAAAUGGUAACUGAGAGGAAAUUCUAUUGAAGAUGCCUUCUACACUCCUCAUUUGAGUAGGCUUAAUGAUUAUCUGGGGAGUUUCAGAUUGAGCAGUGACAUUAAGCUUGUGUGAGAUGCUGCAUGUGCAUCCAUCUUGUCUGAGCUCCUUGUUUGGGCCAUGAUUGCUGGAUCUUUCAACAAACAAUGGCACUAUUCACAGCAUCUUUCUAGCAGAGAUCAUCCCCAUUCUGGACCAUCAUGCAUUUUGCACUCAUCUAAACCAUGACCUUCCUAAAAAUGCUUUCAGUAAUUUUACUCAGAUUUGUUUCUUGAUGUUUAUUUUCUUUUCCAUCUUAAAGCUCAGUUAUAAUCUGGUAAAGUUCAGUGUGCAAAAAGCAGAUAUCUGCAAGUUUUUACCAGCUAUACAAUUGAAAGGGGUUAAGAAUGACGAGUCAAAAGUUUAAAAAAAUUUCUUUUUUAAAAAAAAAAGUUUCUGUUUCUGAAAAUGUGUCAGCUUGCAAAAACAAUCAGUAACAUAUCUAUACAAAGAAACCCUGAAACAUUCAGCCUAGGGGCGAAAUAAUGAAUCCUAAUCACCUUAAAGUUGUGUCAGCAUUUAUAGAAAAAGGAUAACUUGUGUGCAUUUUGUACAAAAACUCAAAUACAGCAUCCUAAUAAAAAGGCCUACACUGCCAAUACAAGUACACAACUGUUUACAGACUGAAUCAGUACAAUUGUACAGUUCCUUAAAUAUUAUGGUGCACAUAAGGGAAAAAGGCUUACAAUAAUUAAAACAGUACAGGCCACCUCAGUGGGUUUUUCUCGUUUUUAGAAAGAGACCAUAUAUCUGUAUUCAAGAAUUUGGAUAUACACAGAUAAGACAGAGUUUUACAAAAAUAUCUGGUCGACCCAGAGGAAACUGGAGCUGGUCUCAGGAUGCAAAGACAGACAGACAUGAAGCUUAAAGGGAUUUAAAUGAUUUUUAAACAGACAUUUAAUAUGAUUUUAAUCAUGCCAAAUGGUGUUGAUCUAAAAUGCAAUGAAGUGUGUUGAACACGGAGUAGUUCGUUAUAGCAUACAAAUGAAAGUGAUUGACUUGGGACUCUGCCGUGUACUCUUGUAUUGUGUUAUGCCUUACACUUUGGGGGUUGUAUAUAUGCUGUACAAUUUCUUUGGUGCUCUUAUGAUAAAUGCGCUGUGAACAACAAUUCAGCAUGUUCGACUUAAAACCACAAGUAAGCAAGCUGCAUAUAUUUUUUCAAGUUAAGUUCCAAGAUUCCCUCCAAAGUUAAUCUAUAGCUUCCUUUGUCUCUGUCCAAGGACACUGAACACAUGGAGUAGAUGCGAUAUAAAAUUUUUGCUACAGAAAUUCCAGUAGGAAAAUAAGGAUAUUCAAGUUAAGAAAUGUGAUUUCUAAAGAUGGAUAAUCUAGGUUCUUUACAUUGCAAUUUAAUAAGUCAAAUCAAAUUCUGAAUAUCCAAUUGAUCAUGCCUAUAACUCCACUAUUUCAGUCGAGUCAUGGUUUCUCUGUUUGGGUAGCUAAGGAUACUGCCAAUUAUUUACUGCUAGCUAAGCCCCAUUUUUUUUAAAUUAGUCCAGACAUGCAGCAAAAUGAGCAGAACACACAUGGUUGGCCAGUGAGAAAUCACCUGAAAUCAUAGACAAAAAUGAAAACCAUAGUUUGUUUAUUUUAAUGGUGAGCUCAACACAGCAUAUUCUGCUUGCGACACUUGUUUGACGUACACAUUGGAUCAGACAAUUAGAGAAACACACAAGAGAAGCUUAAAUUUUUAUUCACUAAACUAAGAUUCAUGUUCUUUAUUAUUUGAGCUUUAAGAGAAACUAAUGAAGAGUUUUUCACAGGGCAUUUAACAAGUGUCUUGUACUGCAAGUCUUUUUUCUGAUAUAAAACUAAUCAUUCCUGGGUCAGCAUGAGGGUAUGAUCACUAGUUUGUUAGAACCCAAAAAAGGACAUUUUUAAGGCUAUAUUGUAAAAACGUGGCAUGUGUUGCAUUUCAGGAAAUGCUAUGAACAAACUCGUUACAGUGUCCAACAUACACAUUUUGAUGUUCUUGAACUCCGUGGUGACCCAGGUUUGAUAUUCAUCAGUAUACUGUAUAUUUCAAAGACCUUUUUGCAUAUGAUUCUGCACUGCCAAACACCUUUCCUCUGUCUUUUGUGGUUGUAGCACUCUUUCUCUGGGGGUCUCAGAUCAGAAGCCACUUUAAUUUUAGCCCCAUCAGUUUAAGAUGACGAUUAAUCCUAUAAAAUAAAUUAUUAAAUGAAUCUUCUGCCAGCGUCUGGUCCAUAUAAAUUCCUAUAAUAAACUUAUAGCCUCUUACAUGGAUGUACCCUCGGGUUGGCACUGGCUGCACUCCAUCAAGUUAAUUUCCUAAGUGGGCAGGUAUGAGCAGCCCUGCAACACAACGCUCUGUAAUAUGUGCAGCAUCUCUUUGUUACAAUCACUAAAAGUGCAACUACUGAAGCCUGGUGUAUAAAUCAAUCAUUUGUUAUUAUCAAAGUGAGACAAAAUGCACUAUUUUGGACUUGAACUUCCUGCGUGACGUUAAUGCAGCCUUCUUUGUUGCUUUUUUGUUUAAACUUGUUCAUAAUUCGAUUAGUGCUUACGGAUGGGAUCAAAAUUAAACUGGCUUCUGAACCUGAUUGUUAUUAUUUUGCUUAUUUCUGGAAGUAUAUCUCAUAAAUGGCUCAGUGUGUAGUAAUGUGGUUGAAAUUAUUGAUGAAGUGAACCUUGUUAAUCAGUGAGAUGUUUUCUCUGAAUCUUGUGAGUACCCUCUUCACUCUGAGCUAAAUGUGUCUGUGUUUGAUACCUAAAAAACAUAAGCACACAACCACUGUAGUCUCCAAGUCUAGUCACUUGUUUCUAAAUAGCUUUUUAUAUAGCCAAAAAUUGUUCCUUUGUUUAUCAAAGAACUUUAUCUUGAAAACUGUAUAUUAAAAUCUUA